AACUGGAUGAUAAAACAUCCUUUAUGAACAUGUUGAGUCGUUUCAUAAAUUCGCAGGAAUCAGAGGAACGACAACCCCGCACUUUGAAAUAAAGCAGGAAUAGGAGGAAUAGUGAGACCGCUUCACUUGCAGGAUAAUUAGUCAUCCUCGACAUUUUAGCUUUCGGACAAUCUGCGGCUCCCGUCUCACUCACGGCUAAAGCUAACGCAUAAUUACAUUUCCCCACGUAAAGGAUUCGUUCACGGACACGGACGGGAUUUCAACCGAACGACUUUCUGACAAAGUGUGUGCGUGUGUGUGUAAAGAAGAAGGAUCUGCGACGUGAACCUUGUUUACCCAGCAGGUGGAUGUGACGUCACGGUCCUGGAACAUCAGAAAAUAACAACAUCCAAAUCCGCGUUUUUUUUUCCUUCUCUUUCAAGCCGCGUUUUUAAAAUGUCAUAGCCAUAAUUAUAAGGAACCCUGUUCUCUUUUACGAGGAAGUAUGCACUGUCCAAACCCUGCUUUUCUUUUCCCCACAUGAAACAUCGCUCUCUCCCGUCAACGGCAGCAGCUCUUUUUUUAGUGUCGAACUUAAGUUAGGUCCCCGGGCGGAGUGAUAUUGUUAGUGUUUACAGUGUGGUUGUUGCACGCUGCACAUCUCAUUAUCUUAGCGAAUUAUAUCCUCCCUCCGCGUGCACCUACAGUACCGUUGUCGAUCACGGGCCGAAAGUGCUGUCUUUAAUCACCCAACCCCCUCCAUGUUCCAGUCCUCCAAGACUGUGAGCUGAACUCUGAUUGGAGGAAUGGAACGCCCGUCCGCCCUGCACCAGUGAACAGUGGAGCCUCCAGCGAGGACAUCCUCUGGCGCCGCAGAUCAAAAGGCAGGCAAUCUGUAGCAACACCAAUGGAAUCGAAGAUUACUCGAAAUAAGCAAGUCCUUGCAGAAGGACCUGGAGUCAUGAUGCAGGACCCUGGGUCAGAGACGACCAGCGACGGCCCAGCCAAUCAGAACGGUGGCGGCCCCGCAACAGAGGGCGGAGCCAGGGAAGGCCCGCCCAAGAGCGCCACGCCGACGGGGGAGGUGAGCGCGGCGGACAUCCUGCACCUCCAGCAGCACCAGGACCUGGAGUCAUGAUGCAGGACCCUGGGUCAGAGACGACCAGCGACGGCCCAGCCAAUCAGAACGGUGGCGGCCCCGCAACAGAGGGCGGAGCCAGGGAAGGCCCGCCCAAGAGCGCCACGCCGACGGGGGAGGUGAGCGCGGCGGACAUCCUGCACCUCCAGCAGCACCAGGCCCUCCAGGUGGCACGACAGAUCCUCAUGCACCAACAGCACCAACAACAGCACCCACAGCACUACCAACAACAACAACAACAGCAGCAGCAGCAGCAGCAGCAUCUUCACGCGCAGCAGCAGUCGAACGCCGGAGAGAAGUCGCCGCUGGCCAAUGAGAAGCAGCCAGGUCUACAGGUGCCAGCGUCCGCGGCUAUGAUGACACCCCAGGUGAUCACCCCCCAGCAGAUGCAGCAGAUCCUCCAGCAGCAGGUCCUGAGCCCCCAGCAGCUCCAGGUCCUCCUGCAGCAGCAGCAGGCCCUCAUGUUACAGCAGCAGCAGCUCCAAGAGUUCUACAAGAAGCAGCAGGAACAGCUCCACAUCCAGCUCCUCACACAGCCGCAGCAUGGAGUUAGCAAGCACGGCAAAGAGCUGGCCUUCCAGCAGCAGCUCCUCCAGGUCCAGCAGCUCCAGCAGCAGCACCUCCUCAACCUCCAGAGGCAGGGUCUCCUCAGCAUCCAGCCCGGCCAGGCGGGCAUGCCCCUGCACUCCCUCACUCAGGGCAUGAUUCCCGCCGAUCUGCAGCAGCUGUGGAAGGAGGUGGCGAGCGCGCACGUGAAGGAGGAGCACAACAACGGCGGCCAUCACCACCACAACAACAACAACAACAACAAUGGCCACCGGGGCCUGGACCUGUCCUCCCCGUCCCUGCCAAAGAACCCCCACCACAACCAGCACACCCCCACCAACGGACAGUACCACAGCCACAAGAGAGACGGGUCCUCGCUAGAAGAGCCCUCCCACCACAGCCACCCCCUCUACGGUCACGGCGUGUGCAAGUGGCCCGGGUGCGAGGCGGUGUUUGACGACUACCACUCGUUCCUCAAGUAAGAAAGGCUCUGUUUCCGCUGGGGGCCUCCCAGCGUUUGUGUGCCCGUUUUUUGUUGUUGUUGUUGUUGUUUUGGCGAAUCGAUGGCGUCCAUGGCGGGCGUCAGGGGAGGAGCAGCAAGUGCUGCUGCCCCCUGGUAGCGCCGCCUCGGGCCGAGCAGCGCCGCUGAGACGGGGUCUCCGUCUCGGCGCGGCAGGGGCCUCCUUGCUCCUGUGAUAAGUGGCGUUCCCAUGGCGACGGGGGGACGUUUUUCCCAAACAAACAAGGAGGAGGAUGUUUAUCUGUGGCAGCCGACACUCUGGGCGCUCCACAUGUUUGCCCUUGUCACUGGACGCGAGUGUGUGUGUGUGUGUGUGUGUGUGUGUGUGUGUGUGUGUGUGUGUGUGUGUGUGUGUGUGUGUGUGUGUGUGUGUGUGUGUGUGUGUGUGUGUGUGUGUUUGCAUGGGUCAGUGCGUGCGUGUGUAUGUGUAUAGUUCUGUGUGUGUGUUUGUGUGUGUUUGCGUGUGUAAUGUUCUGUGUGUGUGUGUGUGUGUGUGUGCUGUUGUUCGUUUGGCUGCCUCACUCAGCUCUUUUCUGUCUUUUCACCCUGUGGUCUGUUUGUCUUUCAGCUUUCUUUCUCAUGCUCUGCCUCUCUCACUUCUUUUCAGUUUGUUUUGUUUGUUUGUAGAAGCACAAUAAGGCCGCUUUUUGCAUGCUAAGCGGAAAUGUACUGUGUGGUUGUGGGUGUGUGUGUGUGUGUGUGUGUGUGUGUGUGUGUGUGUGUGUGUGUGUGUGUGUGUGUGUGUGUGUGUGUGUGUGUGUGCACAUUUAUACUUGGCCAUUAAAAAAAGCAGGCCUAUAUCAAAACGAAGAUUAUGGUUGGCUUUACUUAAAGAUUAAUGAUUCAGGUCAGUGUAGUACCGCUUCCACUAUUAAUAAUACUACUACUAUUCCUUUUUUUUUUUUGGGAUGUUUAAUUACAUACUUUUCUUCAUCCAAUUUCAAUGAACGGUUGCUGUACGGCGGCUGGCUAUUGAUGCUGCGAGGCCAUUUUCUCAUUAACUUUUCUACAACGUUAUUUGAAUGUUAUAUAUUGUAUAAGGCAAAGCGCAUUAUGCACACCAAACUCAGUGAUAAUCAAAUCUGCCGUUUUUCUUAAUGACAGCCCCCCCUCCACUCACCCACCCAAGAUACCCAGUCGUGUGUGUGUGUGUGUGUGUGUGUGUGUGUGUGUGUGUGUGUGUGUGUGUGUGUGUGUGUGUGUGUGUGUGUGUGUGUGUGUGUGUGUGUGUGUGUGUGUGUGUGUGUGUGUGUGUGUGUGUCGGAGGGCUGGCGGUAAUCCGACCCCGUAACAGCGCCAUGGUUACAGAGGGGGGAUCAAAUCAUCAUCUGCGUUGCCGCGGCGGCAAAUCAAUGGCUAACCGCCGCGCCGGAUUAGCCGCACUUUAAACAAGAUAUGUCACAAUUUUAUUAUGCUAACAACACGUGGACACGGUUAGCGCCGGAUGUCCUCCUAGACCUGGCCGUGUUCAAAUAAAAGAGGAAGAAGAAAGGAAAACAAGAGCUCCACGUACCGGUGUGUCCGUUUCCUGGCUAAACAGGAAACAGUUGGACCUGGAAUAUAUAGGAAUUUGUUGAGACACAAACAUAUGCAAGGAAGCUUUCGGGUGAAAUAUUCAACAUUAACUUCACCCGUUUUCGUUUUUUUCCUUAUCGAAUAUUAACAACACAACCUUUCAUCCUGCACACAAAUGUUAUUAAACACAUGCACACACACACACACACACAUUCUUGGGUCGCUCUGGGAGUGUCCCUUCUAUCCAUCAUGAUGUUGUAUUCUGACAUCGCCGCGCCCUUUGUUUAUAAAGGAACGAGGAAUUAAAUUCAGCGCAAAUUUUUUUUCCAUAGGUCUGUCUUAAGUGCACUCUGCUGUUUUUUUUUUAUCAUGGCAACAUCUUGUUUACUUUAGUUGCCUGCCUAAACUGCUCGGAACAUGUUAAGAAAACAUUUGGGGAGAGUCUCCACAAAGCUGCCUUUGUUUAGCGGCGGGCGGGAGAGAGCGAGACACACAGAGGUGCUAACUCUCAAGCCCUUAAGAACUUCCACAUUUAACCCUGAGACACACACACCCACGCACGCACUCUCACCGCACACAGCCUCUGGCCGAUCCUACACCCACUAAUACAACAGGAGGGUUGCACACAAAUGACAGUCUUUUUAAAAAUAGGACAGGAGUAAAAUAAAUAUUGGAUGUCUGUAUUAGUCUGUGUGUCUGUGUGUGGAUGUGUGUGUGUAAACUUUUGACCGCAUGUACAGUAUGUUAAAUAUGUCUUUGUGUCUGUCUAUCAGAAACACAACUAUCACGAGUUUGUGUGUGUGUGUGGGUGUGCGCGUCUGUCUGUCUGUGUGUGUGUGUGUGUGUGUGUGUGUGUGUGUGUGUGUGUGUGUGUGUGUGUGUGUGUGUGUGUGUGUGUGUGUGUGUGUGUGUGCGCGCCUUCAUUCGUACACGUGAGAGUGGUGGGAAGGGCUCUAACGUCAACCAGAUUUCAUCCGUGACUGCCAACAGCAACAGCUAACAGGACCAGAAAUGUUGCUUUAAAGCUCACGCGUGUUUAUUUUAUCUUUCAAAGAAAACAUGACAUACCUGCAGCAUGCGCUAUAGCCAUCGAUAGAAGACAAAAGGCCUGCUCUUUGUUUCGGGCUCCGAAAGGGGGGAGUGGGUGCUGCCUGAGGGGAGGGGGUCACAGCAAUGUGCAGCCCCGGUGUCUUUUGUUGCUCUUUUUCUUGGGCUGAGGUCGCUGCACUUACCUCCAGUUUCAGGCCUGGGGGUCAGAGUCAGGGUUGCCUUGGAGUGCCCUCUAGUGUCUCCCUCUCCGACUGGUCGCUGGGGGCAAAGGAAAGCCACAAGCCCUGACGCGGUCUAGCUAUCGAGAACCCAGAUGGAUCGUUAGAGCCUUGAAAGCCACUCCUCUGUGAAGGAGGGAAAGUGUUUUUAUUUGAAUUUGAAGGCAUGAAAGAAACAGUAAGAGGUUGAAUUUCUGUUAGAAUUUGUCCGAAAUGUUAGACAUUACGUUUCUAACCAUUCCUGAAUGCAACAACGUACACGGUGUUGUGAUGGAUUUUUUAUUCAGUCACAUUUUUCUUGAGAACUGCAAAAUAAAUUAGAAAUAAAGAUGCAGUGUUAAGCUUCAGGUCCCAUAUAUAUGUAAUACUAAACAAAAGACAAAAUAAUAAAAAGUAAUC